UUCACAUGAUGGCAUUUUCGUAAUUUUUCGGAAGAAUUCGACGCUAGGGUUUCUUUCAACCCUCGUCCAUUUUAAAAGCGCGGGACUUCGGUGCGGCGGACGGAGCUCUGAACUUUUGUCGCCCUCUGACUCCGAUCGAUGGGGGUUUUCAGGUUCCAUCAGUUCCAGGUCGUGGGCAGAGCUCUCCCCACUUCAUCUGAUGAGCACCCAAAGAUUUUCCGCAUGAAGCUUUGGGCAACAAAUGAAGUCCGAGCCAAAUCAAAGUUCUGGUACUUCUUGAGGAAGUUGAAGAAGGUUAAGAAAAGCAAUGGGCAAGUGCUUGCCAUCAAUGAGAUAUUUGAGAAGUAUCCAACAAAGAUCAAGAACUAUGGUAUCUGGCUGAGGUAUCAAAGUCGAACCGGCUAUCACAACAUGUACAAGGAAUACCGAGACACAACACUCAAUGGUGCGGUCGAACAGAUGUACAAUGAAAUGGCAUCCCGGCACCGUGUCAGAUUCCCAUGCAUCCAGAUCAUCAAGACUGCCACCAUCCCGGCCAAGCUCUGCAAGCGUGAGAGCACGAAACAGUUCCAUGACUCGAAGAUCAAAUUCCCUCUCGUCUUCAGGAAAGUCCGACCCCCUACUCGGAAGCUUAAAACCACUUUCAAGGCGUCUCGCCCUAAUCUCUUCAUGUAGAUUAGGCUUACUAUAUCAAUCAUCUUUUCAUUAUGAUUCUGUUUUCUUCAUGGUGCUAGUUUUUGGAUGUUUAUCUUAAUGAAUCUUUCCUUUCUGUGCCAAGACAUGGAACAGGCUUAUUAUAUCAAUCUUUUUUUUUAAACUA